AUGGCGGCGCCUUUGAGGAUUCAGAGCGACUGGGCCCAAGCCCUCAGGAAGGAUGAAGGGGAAGCCUGGCUGAGUUGUCACCCCCCAGGGAAACCAACUUUGUAUGGUAGCCUGACUUGUCAAGGAAUUGGCCUCGAUGGCAUCCCAGAAGUUACAGCUUCAGAAGGAUUUAUUGUGAAUGAAAUAAAUAAGAAAAGCAUUCAUAUUUCUUGUCCGGAGGAAAACGCAUCCUUGAAGUUUUUGGCACCAUACACUACUUUUUCCAGAAUUCAUUCCAAGAGUAUAACGUGCCUGGACAUUUCCAGUGGAGGCGGCCUUGGUGUGUCUUCUAGUGCUGAUGGGAGCAUGAAGAUCUGGCAGGCUGCCAAUGGCGAGCUCAGAAGAGUAUUGGAAGGACAUGUGUUUGAUGUGAAUUGUUGCAGGUUUUUCCCAUCAGGCCUUGUGGUUCUGAGUGGGGGAAUGGAUGCCCAGUUGAAGAUCUGGUCAGCUGAAGAUGCUAGCUGUGUGGUGACCUUCAAAGGUCACAAAGGAGGUAUUCUGGAUACAGCCAUUGUUGAUCGGGGCAGGAAUGUGGUGUCUGGUUCUCGAGACGGAACAGCACGACUUUGGGAUUGUGGGCGCUCAGCCUGCCUGGGAGUCAUUGCAGACUGUGGUUCUUCCAUCAAUGGAAUGGCUGUGGGUGCUGCUGACAACUCCAUAAAUCUUGGCUCCCCUGAGCAGAUGCCCAGUGAACGGGAGGUUGGAACAGAGUCGAAAAUGCUGCUGUUGGCACGGGAAGAUAAGAAACUUCAGUGCUUGGGACUGCAGAGCAGGCAGCCGGUGUUCCUCUUUGUUGGCUCAGAUGCCUUCAACUGCUGCACUUUUCUCUCUGGCUUCUUGUUAUUGGCUGGGACACAAGAUGGAAACAUUUAUCAGCUGGACGUGAGGAGUCCGAGGGUUCCAGUACAAGUCAUCCACAGGUCAGGAGCACCGGUUCUGUCCCUGCUAAGUUUCAGAGAUGGAUUCAUUGCUAGUCAAGGUGAUGGAAGCUGUUUCAUUGUCCAGCAAGACCUAGACUAUCUCAUUGAGCUCACUGGGGCUGACUGUGACCCUGUGUACAAGGUAGCUACAUGGGAGAAGCAGAUCUACACAUGCUGUCGAGAUGGUCUUGUGCGACGCUAUCAGCUCUCUGACCUCUGA